GGGCCGGGGGCGCAGGGGGCAAGAUGGCGAGCGUGGGGCUGCAGUUCCAGGCGAGCGCUGGGGACGCGGACCCCCAGAGCCGGCCCCUGCUGCUGCUGGGCCAGCUGCAACACCUGCACCGCGUGCCCUGGAGCCACGUCCGCGGGAAGCUGCAGCCCCGGGUCACCGAGGAGCUCUGGCAGGCAGCUCUGGCCACGCUCAACCCCAACCCCACGGACAGCUGUCCCCUCUACCUGAACUGCGCCACAGUGGCAGCCCUGCCUUCCAGGGUGAGCCGGCAUAACAGCCCUUCUGCCGCCCACUUCAUCACCAGGCUUGUGCGAACCUGCCUGCCUCCUGGAACCCACCGGUGCAUCCUGAUGGUCUGUGAACAGCCCGAGGUUUUUGCCUCGGCCUGUGCCCUGGCACGCGCCUUCCCACUCUUCACACACCGCUCAGGGGCAUCCCGGCACACGGAGAAGAGGACUGUCGUGGUGGAGUUCUUCCUGGUGGGACAGGACAAUGGCCCGGUGGAAGUGUCCACCUUGCAAUGUUUAACCAGUGCCACAGAAGGGGUGCGACUAGCUGCCCGCAUUGUGGACUCGCCAUGCAGUGAGAUGAAUACAGACAUCUUCCUUGAGGAGAUUAGCCGAGUUGGAAAAGAGCUGGGGAUCACCCCCACCAUCAUCCGGGAUGAACAGCUGAAGAACAAAGGAUUUGGAGGGAUCUACGGGGUUGGCAAAGCUGCCCUGCACCCGCCUGCUCUGGCCAUCCUCAGCCACACUCCUGAUGAGGCCACACAGACCAUUGCCUGGGUGGGCAAGGGCAUUGUCUAUGACACAGGUGGCCUUAGCAUCAAAGGGAAGACCACUAUGCCGGGGAUGAAGCGAGAUUGUGGGGGCGCUGCGGCCAUCCUGGGAGCCUUCAGAGCUGCCAUCAAGCAGGGUUUCAAAGAUAAUCUCCAUGCUGUGUUCUGCUUGGCUGAGAAUGCAGUGGGACCCAACGCCACCAGGCCUGAUGACAUACACCUUCUGUAUUCCGGAAAGACUGUGGAGAUCAACAACACGGAUGCGGAGGGCAGGCUGGUGCUGGCAGAUGGGGUGUCCUAUGCCUGCAAAGACCUGGGGGCUGACAUCAUUGUGGACAUGGCCACACUGACGGGGGCACAGGGCAUUGCCACAGGGAAGUACCACGCAGCAGUGCUCACCAACAGCGCCGAGUGGGAGGCUGCCUGCGUGAAGGCUGGCCGGAAGUGUGGGGACCUGGUCCAUCCCCUGGUGUACUGCCCUGAGCUGCACUUCAGCGAGUUCACCUCCGCCGUGGCUGACAUGAAGAACUCAGUGGCGGACCGAGACAACAGCCCCAGCUCCUGUGCCGGCCUCUUCAUCGCUUCACACAUUGGAUUUGACUGGCCUGGGGUCUGGGUCCACCUGGACAUUGCAGCUCCAGUACAUGCUGGUGAGCGCGCCACAGGCUUUGGUGUGGCUCUCCUACUGGCACUUUUUGGCCGUGCCUCUGAGGACCCGCUGCUGAACCUGGUGUCCCCACUGGACUGUGAGGUGGAUGCCCAGGAGGGUGAUGACAUGGGGCGUGACUCCAAGAGACGGAGGCUCGUAUGAAGGCUACUUCCUGCCUGGUGACACAGGGUUCCUUACCUCACUUUGCACUGACUGGUUUUAAGCAAUGGAACGAUUAGACCUUAAAA